GGCUGCUCCAACCUUCCAAUGGUUCUUGGCGAUUGGCAUGGCUGCUGCAUCUAGCCUCCCGAUCUUGGCGGCAAUGGCGGCGAGGACGACGCCGUUGCCUCUGCUGCGUGGCGCGGCGGCGGCGGCGGCGGCGCGCUCUUGCCUGCACCGGCCGCAGGUGGGCGCUGCCGCCGCGCGGCGCGCCGCCGUCGGCGUCCGGUGCGGCGGGACGCCGCCGGCCGAGGUGCCGGGAACGGACCGGUCGCUGGAGGAGCUCCCGAGCAUCGACACGCCGCCGGAGUUCGAGGCGCCGCCGGGGCUGGACGUGCCGAUGCCGCCGCCGGGCGCGCCGACGCCCGGGCCGGAGCAGCCGGGCCCGUCCAUCCCUUCGCCGCCGAUGCCAGAGGUCCCCGACGUGCCGCGCAACCCCGACGUCCCGCCGCCGAAGCCGCCGGAGUUGGACCCGCCGAGGCCGCCACCCGAGGUCGUGCCGGAGCCGACGCCGCCGGACGUCGAGCCGCCGACCUUUAUAGUGUAAAAAAACAACGACGGCGAGGUGACACGCGCGUGCCACGUGGCGGGCUGAGAGAUUGUCGAUGACGUGGCAGCGUUCGGGACUCCCCGAGAGAACAGUGACGUGUCCGCUGUUCGUCUCGUCUUGUAGUUUGCAGAAAAGAGACAACUAUUUUUGCUUUCCUCUCUGUACUUUUUAUUUUCACUGUAGUAUGGAACAAAGCAGCGUGUGAGCUUGUUGUUCACUUCUCAAACUUUUAACUACGAGCUAGUAAUAUAAAACCAUAUCUUUCUCACAAGUAAAA